AUGAGCGUAGCAUCGACAUUGGAGGAUAUAAGAAGCAAAGAGCACGACAUUGACAAAUACUUGUACCUGCGAAAUCUGCAGAGACAACGAGAACCAGAAUUUUACAGUUUGCUCGUGCAACACACAGAGGAGAUCCUUCCAUAUGUCUACACGCCAACGGUGGGAGAGGCGUGUCAGCGCUACCAUCACCUUCCACUGGUGCCACGAGGCUUGUACCUAGAUGCAGGCAGCAAAGACGAUUUCCUUGCGCUCAUGCGUGCCUGGCCACAGCAAGAAGUCAGGCAUGCACACUUUGAGGACCACAUGCAGAUCCAAACCUGGGUGGUGGUGGUGACUGAUGGGGAGAGGAUUUUGGGGCUGGGGGACUUGGGCACCGGGGGCAUGGGCAUAGCUGAGGGGAAGAUCCUGCUGUACACUGCCGCAGCUGGGGUGGAUCCUCGAGUGUGCCUGCCGGUGUUCCUGGAUGUGGGCACCAACAAUGAGAGCCUGCUUAAGGAUCCCUUGUACAAGGGCAUCAGAAAGCCACGCUUGAGAGGCGGCGCAUACCACGAAGUUGUGGCAAAUUUUAUGGCAGCAUUGAGGCAGUGGCAGCCGCAUGUGCUUGUCCAGUUUGAGGACUUUGCCAACCACAAUGCCUUCGAGCUGCUCAAUGAGUAUCGAGCAAACGCCUGUGUCUUCAACGAUGACAUUCAGGGCACAGCCUGCAUUACACUGGCAGGGCUACUAUCCGCACUGCGAGCAACUGGGAAGUCCCUUACUGAGCAGCGCAUCCUGUUCUAUGGCGCUGGAGAGGCCGGCACAGGCAUUGCAGAGCUGAUCGCCAUUGCACUUGAGCGACGACAUGGACUCACAAGAGAAGAGGCGCGGCAGCAUUGUUUGUUCAUGGACUCCAAGGGGCUUGUAUGUGCAUCGCGCACCGAUCUGCAGCCGCACAAGCUGCCCUUUGCGCAUGAUCAUCCAUUCCAAAGGGGCCUCCUUGACGCAGUCAACACCUUCCGUCCCACUGCACUGAUUGGCGUUUCGGCUGUGAAAAACGCCUUCACGCCAGAUGUCGUUCAGGCAAUGUCCAGCAUCAACGAGCGGCCCAUCAUAUUCCCACUGUCUAACCCGACAUCCAAAGCGGAGUGCACCUUUGAGGAGGCGUUCAAGGGCAGCGCAGGGUCAGUUUUGUUUGCUAGCGGCAGCCCCUUUCCUCCAAUCAACACCGACGGAGUCACCCAGCAUGCUGCACAGGCCAACAAUGCGUAUGUCUUUCCCGCCAUCGGCUUUGCUGCUGUGCUCACUCGAGCAUCCACCAUCUCCGAUGAGGUCUUUCUUGCUGCUGCCGAGAUGCUCUCCCACAUGACAACCCUGGAGGAGCUUAGUAGAGGGAUUAUAUUUCCUCGCUUCUCCGCUAUCCAGACGGUCUCAGCGUCGCUCACUGCGGCUGUCGCCGAGCAGAUGGUCAGGGCAGGGGAAGGAAAAGGGCCGCCUCGGCCGGCUGGCCAGUCUGCAUGGGAAGCAUAUGUGCGGUCAAAGAUGUUCAAAGUUCCUCUGCAGUCUAAAUUAUGA